UCAAAAUGUACAUAAGUAAUUCUUCUAAAACACAAAAUUUGUCUAUGAACAUAUGUAUAUUAACAACAUAAAUGUAAUUAUAUGCCAUUAUGUCACCUUAUUAGUAGAGGUUCCUGUUUAUUCCAAAAGUGAAUGAUUUGGUACCUCAUAAGGUGGUUGUGGUUGAAUGCUAAGAUGUUUUACCUCAUGAUUGAUAUGCUGAUUUAGGCUGAAUCUACUUUGAUCUAGUCUAAAUACACCUGAAUUUUAACCUAAAUUUAUGCAAUCUAUAUCGGAUUUGCAUGGAACUAAUUUACAUCUAUAUGUAUCUUGGUUGGACCAGUUUUAUUGGCUUAAGAGUCCAGUAAGAAUGGGUAUUGCGUGGUAUCAGUUUUGCAUCGGUUCGAGGUUGGACUGGUAGAUAGAUACUGGUCGAUGCGAACAAAUAUUUAUGAAAUUUCAUUCCUUGAUUGGUAUGACCUUAUAUGUGAAUUGAGGUAGUAUGUCAUAUGUUUGUACCAUUGCUGCUUUUAGUGGCAACUAUAGAGAAUGUGGUCGUUAAUUGACAUCGUUGGCGGUAUAUGUCUGAUUCAUAUUUAAUUAUGACAUGAUUCAGCCAUUUAUUUUAAUUUUUUAGGCUAUAUCAUGGUGUAAUUUUAGUAAAUAAAAUCAUGGGAAGCAAUUAUCUCAUGAUAAGAACAUGAAGUUCUAAAACUGUCAGUUGCUGACAAAGUGGGAUGGAUCAAACAUUGUUCUCUUGGAAGAUCAAUAUAAGUACUUGGAUUAGUUUGAAAAACAACUAUGCAGCAUUAUGUUGUUGUUGAAUUAUAAAAUUAGUUAAUAUCAGAAUCUUCAAUCUUUGUUGCAGACUGGAUUCAACAUAAAUUGGUCUUUUUUUUUCAUGGAACUAGAGCUUGUAAUGUUAUAUUGGUAAUUGGUUAGGGGUAUGAGACCAACUGUAAGUCCACCACAAGAUGUCUUCCAUAAAAGCAGUGUUAUCUAAGGCACUAGAUGGUAGGCAUAAAAGAGCAAAAGUACCCAAACACCCGAGGCGCGAGGUUCUCACCAAUAUAAGAAUUAUAAAAAAUAAUUAUUUCAUAGGGUGAUGUUUUAUAUCAAAAUAGAAAGGUGAUGUUAGGAGCUCGCCAAUCGAACAGGUGAUGUUUUAGAUCAAAAAAGCAGCUGAGGUUACUUGCAGGAAAUGUUUAUAUCUAAGUUCUAUUUCAACAAAAAAUUAUCUCAAUGUGUGUGGUUCCAAAAGUUUAAACAAGAAAGCAUACAGCAUACAGCAAAGAAAAAGCAUGAAAGGAAAAAUCAAAACAACAACAAACAAGAAAGGGAGAAAGCGGAGGAGAUGAAGAAGAUGGCGUCAGAAAACUUAUAGUUUGGACAAGCGAGUGAAACGAAAGGUGAAGGAGAGUGUACUGAGAGCAAAUGUUUCGGUGGGUGGCAGAGGCAACUUUAGUGGGUGGCAGAAGGCGCUUUAGUGGCGAAGGUUCGGUUAGUAGUUGGUGGAGGAAGCAGGGCCAUUGGGCGAGAAGAAUUAGUCAGUGGGUAUCAUACAAUUUUCUUCUCUCGUGGGCAACACAUUCAUGUGGCGGUGGCUGGUCCGCUCUGUAGUUAACUGAGGAGGGUUGCGGUUGGCGGCGUAUGAUGGUGACAUAGGCUUUUCCUCACAGAAAGGGAUCGGGUGGGUUAGUGUAGGAAAGGGUUUAGUUGGUUCGAUUCAGUGAUUGCAAAAGGCGCUUGGGCGCUCGCCUAGGCGCUCGGGCGAGGCGAGGCGAGGCCCGAGCGCCUCGCUAAUGUCCCAGGCGGCGCGCUUCAAACAGGCGCCGCCUGGGCGCUUCGGGCGAGCGCCUGGGUAAACCAAGGCGACCGAACCAGAAUUUUAGGUCUGGUUCGGUCCUAGUUCGGUUGUUAGUUGGUUCAAUCGAACCAACUAAACCGAUAUAACCCCAACCCUAACCCUAACCCUAACCCAACACUAACCUGCUGCCGCUGCCGCUCUCGAUCCUGAUCCCGAUCCCGAUCCCGAUCGCGAUCUCGUCGCUCGCUGCCGCUGCUCGCCGCUGCCGCUGUCGCUGCUCGCGCCUCCCGCGAGCCUUCCCGCUGCUCGCGCCUCCCGCGAGCCCUCUCGCCUCCUGCGAGCCUUCCCGCUGCUCGCGCCUCCCUCGAGGCCUCCCGCUGCUCGCGCCUUCCGCUCCCUUUCUCUUUCCCGCUGCCGCCGCUGCUGCCGCUGCCGCCGCUCGCCGCUGUCGCCGCUCGCCGUUGCCGCCGCUCGCCGCUGCUGCUGCCGCCGCUGCUGCUGCCGCCGCUCGCCGCUGCCGCCGCUCGCCGCUGCUGUUGCCGCCGCUCGCCGCCGCUCGCCGCUGCCGCCGCUCGCCACUGCUGCCGCCGCUCGCCGCUGCUGCCGCUGCCGCCGCUCGCCGCCGCUGCCGCUCGAGCUGCUUCCUCGUUUCUCCAACUCAGUAUACUCUUAAUAUUGAAUUUUGAAAUGAUUAAUUUUCUGUUAAUAGAUUAAUAAUAUAUUAUUUUGAUUUUAAUGUUAUUAAUUUUUAUUUAUUUGAAAUUAUUGUUAGGUUCCAACAAAAUGGCAAGUGUAGAGAGCAACUCAAUAGAGUCUCCAAUGGUAUCAAAAAAAGAUCCUGCAUGGAAGUAUAAUUAUUUGAAGGAUCCGAAAGAUCCUAAUGCAGUGACUUGCAUAUUCUGCGAUAAGACUACCAGAGGUGGUAUUUUUCGUGCAAAACAACAUAUAGUUGGAAAUUUCAAGAAUGCAGUAGCUUGCAAAAAAUGUCCACCCGAGGUAAAAGAAGAGUUGCUGAAUUAUAUGAAUGAAAAGAAGACACAAAAGAAUGAAUCUUAUGGGAAUUUACCAGAAGACAAUGUUGAACAUCUUAGGGAAGAAGAAGAAGAUUAUUCUGCGAGUAUUAACCCAAGUGAAAAAAGAGUAUACGACAAAAAGGGAAAAGAAGUUAUGAGUACUAAGAAAGGUAGAAAAGGACCGAUGGAUCUAUAUAUGCUUCAAGGAUCCCAGAAACAACAAGGGCAAGCAGGAGGCUCAAAAUUGAGACAAACAAAUAUAAGUGAUGCUUGCGAUAAAGAAAUAAGAGGAAGAACAAUUCAACACAUUGCUCGUUUCUUCUAUCAAGCUGGUCUUCCCCUUAGUACAACUCGUUUAGACAGUUUUAAGGAUAUGAUUGAAGCUAUUGGAAGAUAUGGUGCAGGAUUAAAACCUCCAAGUUAUUAUGAGAUGCGAGUUCCAUUGCUGCAAAAAGAGUUGAAUUAUACAAAUGACUUACUAAAGGGUCAUAAAGAAUCAUGGGCAACACAUGGUUGCUUUAUUAUGUCAGAUGUUUGGACUGACAGGAGGCGCAGGAGUAUAAUUAAUUUUAUGGUUAAUUGUUCUUUAGGGACUAUGUUUGUAAAGUCAAUAGAUGCUUCAUCUUUUGUAAAAUCUGGAGACAAGAUAUAUGAUUUACUUGACAACUUCGUGGAAGAAAUUGGAGAACAAAAUAUCGUUCAAAUCAUAACCGACAAUGGAAGCAACUAUGUUUUAGCUGGUAAAUUGCUUGAAUAAAAAAGACAACACUUGUAUUGGACUCCAUGUGCAGCACAUUGUAUUGAUUUAAUGUUGGAAGAUAUUGGAAAGAUCUUAGAAAUCAAGAAAACCUUAGAAAGGGUAAUUUUUGUUGUUGGAUUUCUUUAUAAUCACAUUGGGGCUUUGAAUAUGAUGAGAGAAUUUACAGGGAAUAAAGAAUUAGUGAGACAUGGUGUUACCCGAUUUGCUACUUCAUUCUUGACAUUACAGAGCGUGCAUCGUCAAAAACAUACUCUGAGAAAUAUGUUUAUCUCUGAGAAAUGGGUGACAAGUAAAUGGGCAAAAGAAGCAAAAGGCAAGAGGGCUGUUGAUAUCAUCUUAAUGCCAUCCUUUUGGAAUCAUGUAGUUUAUAUAUUAAAGGUAAUGGGCCCUCUUGUUCGAGUCCUUCGAUUGGUGGAUAAUGAAAAUAAGCCUGCAAUGGGAUAUAUUUAUGAGGCUAUGGAUAGAACAAAGGAGACGAUUAAAAGAUCUUUUAAUGAAAAUGAAGAAAAAUAUGAGAAAAUUUUUACAAUCAUUGACGAAAGAUGGAAUUGUCAACUUCAUCGUCCCUUACAUGCAGUAGGAUAUUAUUUGAACCCUGAAUUCUUUUAUAAGAUUAAAUCUGUUGGAUUUGAUGCAGAAGUUUUGGGUGGGUUAUAUCAGUGUGUUGCAAGAUUAGUUCCCAGCAUUGAGGUUCAAGAUAAGAUUAUUCAUGAAUUAUCUUUAUAUAAAAAUGCUGAAGGUCUUUUUGGAAUUUCAAUUGCCGUUCAAUCCAGGACAACUACCUCUCCAGCUGAAUGGUGGAGUCUAUUUGGAAAUUCCACCCCGAACUUACAGAAAUUUGCUAUCAAAGUACUUAGUUUGACAUGUAGUGCUUCGGGUUGUGAGCGAAACUGGAGUGUCUUUGAGCAUAUUCACUCGAAGAGAAGAAAUUGGUUAGAACGAUUGCACGAUCUUGUUUAUAUAAAGUAUAAUCAAGCUUUGAAGACUCAUCAUGAUUUGAAAAAUAGAUUUGAUUCAAUCUCAUUGCAAGAUAUUGAUGAUUCAAAUGAGUGGUUAGUAGGAGAAAUGGGUGCUAACUUGCAAGAUGCUGAAGACGAGCUUGUAUUUGAAGAUGAUAGAUUGACGUGGGGAGAUGUGGCAAGAGCUUCAGGUGUUGGAGAAUUACAAACAUAUACAAGACAGAUGUCAAAGAGAAAAAUGAGUGCAAAAGCAUCAAGCUCGGCUCCUGCUAUUGUUGAAGACACAGAGAAUGAAACAUAUCUUGACGAAGAGGAAGGAAUCGAAGAACAAGAGGAAGAAGACGAAAUCAAUGAAGAUGAUUUGUGUGAAAAUGACGAUAAUAUUGAUUAUGAUGAAUGACUUUGAUGUAAAAUUUUAAUGUUUUGAAUUUUGAAACUUUUUGUUAAUGUGACAUUAUGAUUUUGUA